AUGCCGUACACACUACCAAACAUCGACAAGAAAACAUGCACACCAGUCUACGUGGUCAUGCACUACAGCGAAUACAUCGACACCCCUUCGCCUAUGAGUGCGGACGGGUAUAACAUCGCGCGCUCAGUCUACGUAACCCCAACCCUCGCCAACGCACUCACGGAAGCAGGAAAAUUCUUCGCCUACCGCAUGCCCACGAUGAGGCUGGUGGCCGAGGUCAAAUCCCACGCUUCGUUGCGCGAUUGGCAGGAGACGUUGGUUGGGGAUAAUGUCUGGGAGCUGGUUCUGCGGGAAGAGCCUACAGAGCCUACAAGUCCGACCAUGCCAGCUACGCACGUCCAGAUGGAGGAUUUGGUGGUAAAGGAGAUGCCGGUGGUGGGGAGGGAGUUGGUCUAG